AUGGUAAGCCACUUCUCGAUUGAAUCUGCUGUCUACCCCAAGCACGUCUGGUCGCCGGCCGGUGGUUGGUACGCCCAGCCCGCGAACUGGAAGCGCAACACCGCCGUCAUUGGCGCCGUCAUGGCCGGUGUCGUCGCCGUCAUCUGGAAGAUCAGCGCCGAGAAGGAGGUGCGCUACGUGAUGCCUCAGGAGGGCCGGUUCUUCCCUAGCAGAUACUGGUCGAAGCAGUUGAUCGAGUACGACAGAGAACAGGCCGCGCGGAAGGCCAAGGACACGACGCAGGCGGAGGCGGUUCAGAACUCAUAA